AUGUCUACCAAUACGAAAAAGUCUUCCAACUCUUCGCUUCUCAAAAAGAAAAGUGAUGGCAACUUUCGAGCUAAUGCCAUGGAGACUCAAGAAAUACAAGAGGCAUUUGAACUUUUUGACGUUGACAAAACUGGGUACAUAGACACGAAGGAUUUGAAGGUUGCCAUGCGUGCUCUAGGUUUCGAACCAAAAAAAGAAGAAAUUAAGAAGCUAAUAGCUGAGUAUGAUCCUGAGGGGAGAGGUGUCCUUUCCUUUUCUGAUUUCCUCAGGAUGAUGUCCCUAAAAAUGCAAGAUAAAGAUGCUCGUGAAGAGGUUUUAAAGGCAUUUAAGCUGUUCGAUGAUGAUGAAACCGGUGCGAUUUCGUUCAAAAAUCUGAAACGCGUUGCUAAAGAAUUGGGAGAAAAUCUUACUGAUGAGGAAUUGCAGGAAAUGAUUGACGAGGCAGAUCGCGACGGCGAUGGUGAAGUGAAUGAGGCUGAAUUCCUUCGCAUCAUGAAAAAGACUAACAUGUACUGA